GUAAUUACGCACCAGGGGUAAGAAGUUCUACACUUGCUGCUAGUGAGGUGACUCCCUUUCAACUAGCCAAAUGCGCUGGUUUGUCACUAAUAUAUAGCCACGAUAGGAGAUAGCUAACGACAGCAAUAUAGUAGUUUUUAGCUGCAUAACAUUAUUAAUGUUGUAUACGCGUACGAUCCGGAAACUGGUCAUGAGGUUCAGCUGUUCUGGAGCCGCUAGACUGGACUGUGACGUUAUCGCCGACACGAUGGCGUUCCUAUUAUAAAUAUGAAGGCUAACACGUUUACAUGCGGGCCGGCAGCUCGGCAGAGUUGGACUUCUGGCUUGCCCCAUCGGCAUGACAUCGGAGCACCACCUUCCACACCCCUACCGCUAUCCGCUCCCUCGGCCCCCCAGCUUACGUCCAACACCCGUCCAUGUGCCGUACACCUCUCCAGCCAGCCACAGCCACAACUGCACCAUCCAUGCAGCGCGUCUUCCUCGUCCCGCAUCCAACAGACCUCUGAUCGAUUUGUUAGGAGGCCAGCAGUAGCAGCCGCAGCCAAACGCAGCAGCGCUGGGGAGAAGGCAGCAGCGCCCGGUACCAUUCGCAGCGGAAGUGACAGUGGUGACAUCCCCAACGAUGGCGGCUCCGGUGCCAUUGGCGCCAGCAGACGCAGGAGGAGGAAGGCAGAACCUCCAGAAGACAGCACUGAUGCUGCUGCCGGCGACAGCGCGGCGGCGGGGACGCAUGGAGAGGCGCUGUCAGUGACUGAAACCGCACACGCGAAGGUAAACGAGCGAGAGGAUGAGGAUGAGGACGAUCAGCAGCAGCAGCCACCUACGCUACAGCAGCAGCAGCCUCGUCGGGGCCGGGGGCGGCCCCGGGGUAGCAAAAACAACACUGCCGGCUCUGUUGCAACUGCUCCCCCCACCGGUUCGUUAGCAGCUCCGAAACCACCACCGCCAACUGCCGGGCUGCCGUCCCACGUGGCGUCGUCGUUGCCGCAACCGUCAACUGAAGGCCUGGAUCCCACCCAGGCAGCGUCCUCGGGGGCUCCAUGUGGUGAGGAGGCGGCGGUUGGGACAGGAGAUGAGGCGUUGCAGCCGCAGCCGCAGCAGUUAGGAGGGAUAGCGGAGGAAAGCAGCGGAGGCAGCAGUGGAGAUGAGGCAAGCGGCGUGAGAAGCAGCAGC